AUUUCACUCUCUAGUGAUUCUGUAUCUAAGGUGUUGUGACACAAGAAGGACGUAACCAUACCCUGGCGGAUGACGCAAUACUUACGAGAUGACCCUGUUUGUGUCACGGUUUGAGAAAGGAGAUGGACCCAGGAUGCAGAGGUUACAAACAAAAAGAACUGCGGAGCGAUAGGACAUGGGUGUCAACACAAGGCACAGAGAAACAUCACAGAAAUAAGGUGCUGGAGGUCGUCCUGGUGGAAGUACUCGUAACACGACGUGCCAAGAACUUCCUGCGGCAGAUUAACCGAUGACAGUAGUGGCUCUGCAGGGAAGAGGGGAUGAAAAGUUUCAUUACUUUUGCCCUCUCCACCUCUCAGUGCGUGCUGCCUCCAACGGAAGAGAGAGAACAAAAGAUGAAGGAAGAGAAAAAGCAGAGGAAGGAAGGAGGGAUGGGAAAAUGUACCAGAGGCUCGACCUACUUUAUCAUUGUGUCACGACUGUUGAAAAUGUGGAGACAGCUUCAUUUGCCUGCAGAGCGACACUGACGCGUGACGAGGAUGGAGCUGUUUGUCUGAGGACGCUGGUGUGGUGAUAGUGUUUUGUGUUGUUUGGUUUUUGCUGUGUUCUCCUCCUUCCCUUCUGUUUCUCCCUGUGUGGUGUUUGUGGCAGGGGGCGUGGCUGGCUCGUGGCUGUAGCAGGUCGAAGGAAACCUGCUUCCAAUCCAUCUAAUCAUCCCCUCCAUAUAAGCCUGGUUGUCUCAUCACUUCGACGCCAGAUUAUUCCGUCUACUAUGAACCUUCGUGUGCCUCACCGCUCGGCUCCUCAUCCUCUACUCUGCCAGGAUCUCCAAACCAGCCAGCACCCUGACACUCCAGCCUACUUCUUCCUCAACGGCAAAUAAACUCUGUUCAUUUACCCACCAACAACCUCUCCGUGUCUGCUUUGGGGUCCAAAUCUUCACUUAAACAUAACAGAAUAAUCUUGCCAAGACAUGGACCCCGCAGACGCGGAAAAAUUCAGACUGGCUCUUUCCCCCCAGGGAAAUCAUGUGGGGCAGCACGAGGUGGCCUUAAUCGAGGUAAUGGAGGCUCUCACCAACCUAACCUCCACGUGGCUCGGAUCAGCGGCCGGAUGGAACAAUUAUCUACUCACUUCACCACGCUGACGGCGUCGUCUCACGCUCCAGCUCUUCGCUUCGCCGGGCUCUUCUUCCACUCAGCCCAGGUAACCCUUCAUCCCCACACCCGCUAGGUUUACUGGUCAGUCAGGGUCAGGUAGACAAUUUCUUUUUCAGUGUAGCCUCGUUUUCGAGCAGCAGCCAUAUACUUACGCUACAGACAAGUCGCGGAUAGCUUUUGUUAUGAAUCUCCUGUCAGAGAGAGCCGCGGCUUGGGCUGUAGCUCUCUCUUAUAAUAACUCAUCGGUUUGUUUUUCGUUUCCCUCCUUCCCCGAGGAGUUCCUUAAAGUGUUUGAACACCCUCUGCGCAGAAAGGAGUCUAGUAGCCGGCUCCUGUCGCUGCGGCAGGGAGAAGACUCCGUAGCUAAACACUACUUAACUUCCGUAUCCUAGCGUUUGAGAGCGGGUGGGAUGAGAGAGUGUUGCAGGGUUUUUUUUCUUCGGGGAUUGAGGGAAGAGUUGAGAAAUGAAUUAGCCGCUCGGGAUGAGACCACCUCGCUAGACGAGUUAAUUUCUUUAUCAAUUCGUUUAGAUUCUCAUCUUCACGAGCGGCGCAGUGAGAGGUCAGGGAGAGUUAAGCCUGAAACAUGCUUCUGCGUUUUCACGGGCCCGUAAGCGCAAGAGCCCUUCCGGGUCCCUUACGUGCUUAUGUAUCCCUCCUUACGUGCUGACGGGUGUCGACCCCCUUUUAUAAAAUUUACGGCAAAGCUCCGCAAGCUCACUCAGCCCGCAAGGCUGUGAUUGGUCUGCUCUACAUCCCUUCUGGAGCUGCAUUUCCGGUUUCAUGCUCCAUAAUACAGGCAGAAACAACGGGAGAUUUAGAAGAAUGAAUAUGGACCAAAUAGAAGAGCGUUUGGCAGAAGAGAUCCGAAAGUAUGUCCACUUGUAUAACCCGUCACUGACUGGCGUAUUUGUCCGCCUGAAAAAGGCUACAAGGAGGCGCAGUAGCUAUGUAAAUAAACAAUCGAUGAAGAAGAAAGAAGGCGUCUCUCAGGUCGUCUUUGACAAAAAGCAUUACUCCGCCUAGUGUUCUGGCGCGGAAUUGCUUUGUAAGACGCGCAACGGUUGGGGAAGCAUGAAUGACAACGAGUCUUGCGCCACAGCGGCGUGAAAAGACGCAGACGCAGUCGCAGAAGCAUGUUUCAGGCUUUAGUCACACACCUCCCGUGAUUCGGACAAUGAGCCCUCCUCAGCGGGGGCUUACGCCCUCUCUACCUACACCAUCAUGUCCCGACAGGAUGCCUCCUCGGACCGCUCCUUCCUCUCCCGGUCCCGAUGAACCCAUGCAGCUGGGGAGGACGAGACUCAGCUUCUUUCUCACCCAAAGAGGGUUUUUGCUUUAGAUGGCAGGCUCUUAGCUCAGGUCACCCACCACACGGUGCCCGUUAACCUGAUGCUAUCCGGUAACCAUCGUGAAAUGACAUCCUUUUUUUUUAUUCCAUCUCCGGCUUCCCCAGUAGUGCUAGGGCUCCCCUGGUUAAAGCUGCAUAACCCUCACAUUGACUGGUCCACCGUCUCCAUUCUCAACUGGAGUCUUUUCUGCCACUCGCAUUGCCUCUAUUCCGUCACCCCGUCAACCUUUUCUUCCACACCGUCACCUCCCAAGCCAGUGGACGUCAGCUCCGUGCCCUCGGCUUAUCAUCACCUCCGGGAGGUGUUCAGUAAGGACCGCGCUCUUUCUCUUCCCCCUCACAGACCCUACGACUGCUCUAUUGAUUUGAUUCCAAACGUUCCCUAUCCUUCCAGUAAGUUAUAUAAUUUAUCUAAGCCAGAGAGAGCUGCCAUGGAAACUUAUAUUACAGACUCCUUGGCCACUAGACUAAUUCGUCCAUCGUCAUCUCCGUUGGGGGCGGGUUUCUUUUUUGUUGAAAAGAAGGACAAGUCGCUGCGCCCCUGUAUUGACUUUCGGGGCCUCAAUGACUUUUUGUUUUGUGUUUUGUGUUGUUUGGUUUUUGCUGUGUUCUCCUCCUUCCCUUCUGUUUCUCCCUGUGUGUUGUGUGUGGCAGGGGGCGUGGCUCGCUCGUGGCUGCAGCAGGUCGAGGCACACCUGCUUCCAAUCCAUCUAAUCAUCCCCUCCAUAUAAGCCUGGUUGUCUCAUCACUUCGACGCCAGAUUAUUCCGUCUACUAUGAACCUUCGUGUGCCUCACCGCUCGGCUCCUCAUCCUCUACUCUGCCAGGAUCUCCAAGCCAGCCAGCACCCUGGCACUCCAGCCUACUUCUUCCUCACCGGCAAAUAACCUCUGUUUAUUCUGAUUUACCCACCAACAACCUCUCCGUGUCUGGUUUGGGGUCCAAACCUUAAUUUAAACAUAACAGCCGGGUCUGAGUGACAGGGCAGAGAUUCAGAUGGUGAACGAGGCCGUGCAGAUCUCAGAGACUGUCAUGCUACAUGUGUAGGCUUGAGGAUUGAUGAGCUACAGGGUUGUUUGUGUGAAUGAUGCAGGCUUUAGUUUACUGGGAAGAAGAAGAAGAAAAUAAAAAAUAAAAAUAUCUGAUCAUAUUUUGUAUUAACUAUUGUACAGCAACAGUAAAUACGUAUAGAAUGAAGGAAGGAAUGAUGGAAGAAGAGAAGGACAGAAGAAGGAAAGAAAGGAGGAAAGCUUGUACAGUAACAGUAUACGUAUAGAAUGGAUGGAUGGAAGGAAGGAAGGUAUGGUGGAGAAAUGGAUGGAAGGACAGUAGAAAGAAAGAAAGAAAUAAAGAAGCAACCAAAUAAGCAAGGAAAGAAAGUAAGAAGCCAAGAAAGGAAUAAAAAAGAAAGGAAGGAAGCAAAGAAAGGAAGAAAAGGUGGAAGUAGAGAAGAAAUAAAUAAUAAUAAUAAUAAAAGCUUGAAUUUAUAUAGCGCCUUUCAAAAGACCCAAGGACGCUUACAUAUGUAUGUGGGGACAAAAGAGAAAAGAAAAGAAAGUAAUUUGCACUAAACAGGAUAGAAAUAAACAGCACCAAUGGCAGAGACUGAGGUCAGAGGCCUUAGUGAACAGGUGGCGUUUGCGAAGUUGAGGAGAAGCAAAAAAAAGGAGCAGGGUGUGGUAGUAAAAUCAGGCAGUAAACAGAAUGCAUGCAAUGGAAAUCACCUAAGAUUAAGCUGUGCAACACUUUCCAUACAACAUACUUCUUUGCAUUUAGUGGUGGAAAAUCACCACUCGACACCUGCUCAUUUGUUUCUGUGACGGCUCUGAGGGAAAAAGCUGGAGGAGCACAGAGUGGAACACACCGGGAGGAAUAAAGGCUGUGAGAGUGGAUAGGAGGACAUACAAACAGGUCUUGGCACUUUUCCAACGUGACGUACUCGUGAGAAGCUGUGACCCUGUUUCGUUGAAUCAGCAGGGAUUCAAGUUUUGUCUAAGACUUUGUAUCAGAGAUUUGCAGCAUCACCUCCUGAGCUUCUCAGCGACAUGAUCGAGUCGGGGUUAAAAUCUGAAGUUGUCGAUUGGAUGUGUGAAGGGCAGGCGUGGGUUAACGUCUGGUAUGUCCUCGAUAUGGUCAUCCUGAUCACAGGGGUGUUGGCCAACGCCGCCCUGCUCUGGCUGUUUCUGAUGGAGAGGAAAUCACUGUCUGCCUCGAAGGUUCUAGGUUUGAAUCUGGUUGUGAUGGAUCUCAUCUUCCUGUGUACGGUGCCUGUGAACUUCAUAAAUCGGGAUCUAUCAGUCAUACAAAACCGGUCAGGCUAUAACCCACACUUCCCAGACUCUUUCAGUUCUAACCAAUUGGAUAAGACAGCAGGUGUCUGCAGCAUGUUCAACCUGAUGGGCUGCCCCCUGCUGCUGACCUGCAUGUGUGUGGAGCGCUACCUGGCAGUGAUGAGGCCGGUGCUGUACCUGCGCGUGAGGAAGUGGGAGUACCGAGUGGCCAUCAGCGCCACGGUGUGGGCCAUCACCCUGGUGUUCGUUGUGGCUAGAAUUUGUUUGCCUGAUAAAACCAUCAUUUUGGCCGCUGUCUCCAUCAUCAUCUCUUGCCUCUGCAUCCUAAUGCUCCUCUGCCUCGGCAGUGUGAUCUGGUCACUGAGGCAGCAAAGCCCCGCCCUCAGCACCCAUGGAAAACAACGCUGCACAGAGUCGAGGCUAAAGAAACAGGCAGUGCGUAACGUGUUGAUCGUGGUGGUGCCGGCGGUGAUGUCCUACCUCCCAGUCCUGAUGAUGUCUCCCCUGCUCUUGCUCAUAAACUACACCGACUACAGUUUUGAUGAGAGAAUGUGCAGUGUCUUUGAGUUAUCUUUUCUAUUCCCCAGGCUCGGUGUGUUCAUAGGCCCUCUGUUCUACUUCUCCAAGGCAAAACAAAUGUGCUGCCUGAAGGGAGCACGAAACAAAUGUAAUGAACCAGACAACUAGUCUGUGUCUCAAUCCGGGGGCCUCAUCCUUCAGAGGCUGCAUUUCAAGAGCGAUUGCGUCACAGCAGCUUGACUAGACAAUUUAAACUUGUCGCAAUUUGUCCUCCAAAUGCAGCUCCAGAUGGAUCCGUCCCAGGCCAACACAUUACAUGAUUCAUAGUGCGGCAAGCAAUGCGAAAAUAUCAGUAUAAUUCCUUUUUAAAUGUACAUGCUGAAACGAACAGCAUCUUUUCAAAUUUGAAAUUUGACAUCAGCACCACUGUCUGUAAACAUGACGAUAGAACUUCAUGGAUUUAUCCCUUUGUAACUAGUUUUAUUGUAAACAAUCAUUAAAGAAGUAGAAUUUUUUGAUGUUUCUUAAGUGUAGAGCCUUUGAAUUCUGAGGAAAAUUGCAUAAUAUCGUCAGCAUAUCGUCAAAUAUUGCUAAUGAUACUGAAUGAAUGAGCCAUAGUGCUGAUAUUAGAAUUUUGAUAUAGCACCACUAUCUGUAAACAAGACAAACUUUGUCAGUAACUUACAUUGUUCAUGAUCAUCUUUCAAAUCAGUGUCACUACAUGUCCGCACUCAAAGCUGCUGGAUCACUGUGAUACUGAUUUCCUGUUGACUAGAAAUGCAGUUAGUUAGUAAAAUAUGGAAAAUCGUCGACUUUGUCUUUUUAGAUAUAUUUCCUCAGUUUUCGCUGCCUUAGCAGUUUCUUUCUGUCUUUCAAUAAGUUAGUCAACAUGAAGGGAUUUAUGUUCAUGUGAAAGGUCAUAUAAUAACUUAAUAGUUGAAAUCUAUAUUUAUUUUCCAUAGAUGCAAGUGGAAGCAGCACUUUUUUGUGUUAAAUGUCUUGAGUCAAACUUCAUGUGUACACAUUGGACGCUUUCCAAAAUAGUUUUACUCUUAAUUUGGAUUAAUCGAUUUAUUACCAGACAAUAUACAGAUAUUAGCCCCUUGUUGAAAUAAUAUAAUGCUUGACAUGACUUAAUUUGUCAUCUCAGGGGCAUAGGGCAAC